GGUUUCCCACCAUCUUCUUGCUGACAUGAUCAAGAAAACAUCAGCUGCCUGCCAAAAAACUAGAUCACUCACCUGGAAAUCUGCGUCGAAAAUGAUGGAUUCAGCUGAUAGUGCUGCUGAGAAUUCGCGAGAUGAUGAGAAGAAAGCCAUCAAGAAAUUCAUCAAAUGCAAUAUUUGCCUAUCAUUGACAGAACACCAUAGACUGCAUAAGGGGGAAUGUGAAAUCUGCCAAAGUUCAACAGGAAGGACAUUCUCAACAAACACAUCAUCACGCACACUGACGAAAAACUUUUCAAAUGUCAUAUUUGAGAGGAGGAAUUCACAUUACCAGGAGAUCUUCUCACAGAAGGUCAACUUUGUUGCACAUCAACACGUGCACACUGACCUGAAUCUUUACGAAUGUGGAAUUUGCCGAAAGACAUUUACCUCAAACCAUCGUUUGAUGCAACAUAAAUCAAUACACAUUGGUGAGCAACCAUUCCAAUGCGAAAUUUGCCAAAAGAAAUUUGCACGCCAGUUUUACUUGACUAAACACUAUAACGAGCACACUGGUCUGAAUCUUUUUGAAUGUGAAAUUUGCCCAAAGAAAUUUACUUCAAUUGAUCGUUUUUCUCGGCAUAAAUUAAUACACACUGGUGGGGAACCAUUGCAAUGUGAUAUUGCUCAGAAGAAACUCCCACGCAAGGAUCACUUGAUUGCACAUCACAAUGUGCACACUGGUCUGGAGCCUUUUGAAUGUGACACUUGUCAGAAACAAUUCACUUCUGCUGAUUAUUUGCGAGAACAUACAAAACUGCACGAUAACUUAAAAUCAUUCGAACAUUUGAUCACAUACAUUAGUGGACAACCUGAAGAGAGAACGUUCAAGUGCGAUAUGUGUCAAAAAGCGUUCAAACGAAAGUUCGAUUUGAUUCGCCACCGGAGAAUUCAUACUGGUGAGAAACCUUUUAAAUGUCACAUUUGCCAGAAAGAAAUCACAUCAAAGAAGAAUUUGCUUUUUCAUAUUGAUACGCAUACUGUGGGGAAGCCAUUUAAAUGCGAUAUAUGCGAUAAACCGUUUAGACGGAAAAGCGUUAUUAUAGAACACUGUAGACUACACACUGGCGAGGCACCUUACGAAUGUAGCAUGUGUCAACAGAUAUUCGCUUUUAAAAGUAACUUGUCGGCACACGUUGCCCUGCACGCUGGCAUGAAACCUUUUCAACGUGAUGUGAAAAAGUCUAAAUUGAAAAGUCAAUUGAACAGUCACAGCAAAGCUCGUCACAGUGAGAUACCUGUGGAAAGUAAAGUUGUUGCCACUAACGAUGAUACUAGCGGACCAUAUUAUAAAACAAAGAAAAAAAGUUGUUCCAUUAAUGAAUUUAACGAUGAAAUGGAGACAAAAUUGAAAGAUGAAGCUGUCGAGGACAGUAUUUCACCAACAGAUUUUGCAUUUGUAAAUAAAUGUGUGAAAAGUGAAAUUGAAAUUGUUCAUCAUGAACUGCAACUGCAACUGCAAUUGGACAAUUCGAGACAAUACAUCAAAAUCGAAAAUGAAGAAAAUGACAGUGAUGAAUAUGAAUAGGUUUUCAUGGAAUCAAAACACAUUAUACACAUAACAUAGUUUUAACCUCAUGGGUUAAGUGGUUGUAUCUAGAGGUUUUGGGAUAAACAUUGGUAUCAUGCCUGAGAUAGUCUCGCAUUAACUCUACCUCUGCAAUUUUUCGAUUGUGAUUCAUUGUAUU